CUUCUUGAAGGCUGUGUUGUGGGUAUUUCGGUAGUUGGGGGUUUUCAAGAAAGCUGUAUGGCGGAUAUGUGGGGAGAAUAACACAUUAUAAAACGUGAGAAGCUGGUUAUUUUAAACGCAGUCACCUUUCUGAGAGGGAAUCUCACUUGUCACUUACUCGAAAUGGAGACUCACGGUAUUAUGAAAGCCUUCCCAAAAGUGAAGAGACAUCGGCCACAUCAGGGUAAAGAUGCUCCCCCAGUCAAGAAAUCUCCGAGUCAGCCUAUUACUGGGAACGUAUUUCAGGGUGUCUGCGUCCAUAUAGUCCCUGCUGGCAUAGGGAAUGCCCGAUGUGACAUAUUCCAGCAGCAGAUCGUGCAGAAUGGAGGCCAAGUGGAAGCUGCUUACGGUCCCAGCUGCACGCACGUGGUCGUGGACGAGUCGGUGGACAGGGAGCGAGCGUUGAGGCUGCUGAAGAUGGAAACCCUUCCCCCUGCUGUGCAGCUGGUAAAGUGCACUUGGCUCAGUGCUUGCAUCUCUGAGAAGAAGUUUCUGAGCACAGAAGACUACAGGCUUCAUCCAUGCAACCGUAGUCCUCAGGAUGCUCCCUCUGAGGAGCCAAAGCAGAAUGUUGUCAGCCGCAUCCCUAUUCCUGAGGAAAAACAGCCACCGGAUCACAAAUCAGCUCAAGAUGAUCCAGCUGACGUGGUGCCUGAGACUCAGGAAGAACCUCUAGAGGAAGACGCUGUGUCACAGAACGAUUUGGAGGCUCUGAUCAGUGGGGUUAAACAUGAUUCUGGCGCUUCAGGUGACACGCAGAAUGUAUCAGAAAAGACAAAGGUGCUGGGAAAGUGGGUGUGUGCCCAGUCGUCUCAGACAAAGAGCAAGAACCACAACAAUCACAUCACUGACAAGCUGGAGCAGCUAGCCAAAAUGUACACACACACAGGUGACAAGUGGAGGGCGCUAAGCUACUCGAAAGCAGUUAAUGCACUCAAGAGCCAUCACAAGCCAAUCUCUUCAUAUGAGGAAGCCUGUAAGAUCCCAGGCAUCGGCAAGAGCAUGGCCAAUAAGAUUGUGGAGAUCAUGGAGAGUGGGCACCUGCGGAAGCUGGACCAGUUCGGGGAGGCCGUGCCCAUCUUGGAGAUGUUCACUAACAUCUGGGGUGUUGGCUCAAAGACUGCCCAGCUUUGGUACCAACAGGGAUUUCGUACGCUGGAGGAUAUUCGCACCAAGGUCACUUUGACUCACACACUGAGAAUUGGCCUGAAGCACUACGACGAUUUCCUUGAUCGGAUGCCAAGAAGCGAGGCAGCCGCCAUCGAGAAAACGGUGAGAGAGGCCGCACACAGCGUGAACCCAGACCUGCAGGUGGUGGCGUGCGGCUCGUACCGACGUGGGAAGCUCACAUGUGGAGACGUGGAUGUGCUCAUCACUCACCCAGAUGGCCAAUCGCACAAGUGUGUCUUUAGCAAAGUGCUCCAGAUCCUCCAUCAGAACGGCUUCUUGACUGACGAUUUGGUGAGCCACGAGGAGAACGGCGAGCAGAAGAAGUACAUGGGCGUAUGUGUCCUGCCAGGCCCGGGUCAGCGCCAUCGGAGGCUCGAUGUCAUUGUGGUGCCACAAGAUGAAUUCGCAUGUGCUCUACUCUACUUCACUGGCUCGGCCCAUUUCAACCGCUCCAUGCGUGCACUCGCCAAGACCAAGGCCAUGAGCCUGUCAGAACACUCGCUGAACACCGGCGUGGUGCGCGAGCGUGGCGUGAAGGUGGUACCAGGUUUGCCACUGAGCACGCCUACUGAGAGGGCGGUCUUUGAGCAUCUGGGCAUCCCAUACAGGGAGCCUCAUGAGAGAGACUGGUAGCAGGACACAUCAAAAUAGGAUAGGAAUGAAAGCAUGUACUAGCUACUGUACUUCUCAAUCCCAAAGUUAUAUUUUAAUAUUUUUAUAUUUUAGAUGUAAAAGCAGAAUGGUGCAACACAUGAGUUCCCCAUAACUGGGAUUGACAACUGCAGCUGUAAUGCACUGCAAUGCAUUGACUACGCAAUAAUAAUUAUCCACCCUCUGAAUGUUUAUGUAAGAAAAAGUUUUUAUCUCUUUAUCUUAAAACCCUAUAAACUACACCAUAUAGAUGAGAGAUGAGGGCACUGAUCCUUGAUCAUCACUCUUUUUAACUAUGGUCCCAGAUACUGUAUGUAUUUAUUGUGCUGCUUGAUGCUGACAUUUAUAAUGAGAUUGAUUGUAAUGGACAUAUGGAUGAAGAAAAAAUCAUGUGAGUGCAAGAAUGUGUGAAUGAGGUCCAGUUUUGGUUACCUUAUAAAACAGCCAUGGAGCACUCGAUUGCCUCAGCCUUGCCAGGUGACUUGAAUUGUUUUUAGGAUGUAACACUUUGUAUGGGAUAUUUCCAUACUGCAAAUAUUAUUAAAAUAUUGCAAAACA